AAAAAAGAAAGAAAACAAAACAGACGGAAAGAGCGUUCCGGGCAAAGUUCAGCCUUUGCCUGGCUUGAGCAAUACCACUUCACGGACAGUAACCUCAGCCAGCGCGACUCUCUUCCACCAUGGACCCUCCAGGCUGCAGCUGCUCCACACCUCCCGCCUUCCUGUGAGGCCACCCUUUGGCCAGAAAAGGAGCGCGAAAACCAAGGCGGCGCCUCCGCUCUCCGCUUCCACCCGCGCCCGCCCCGCCGAAGACUGAAGGCGUCGCCCUCCCGCCGCCCGCUCUGGACUCCGCUGCUGGACUGACGGGCCCUGCUGCAGCAAGAGAUGCCCGGGCGGCGGCUGUGGGGGUGGCGGGGGGCACUGGAGGAGCCCGCGGGCAGCUACUCCUGCGUGGCGGCAGUGCUGGCCCUUCUGCUUUUCCUGCUGCCCGCUGGCUGCCCGGUGGUGGGCGCGCAGAACGACACGGAGCCCAUCGUGCUGGAGGGCAAGUGCCUGGUGGUGUGCGACUCCAGCCCGUCCGCCGACGGCGCCAUCACCUCGUCGCUGGGCAUCUCCGUGCGGUCCGGCAGCGCCAAGGUGGCUUUCUCAGCCACGCGCAGCACCAACCAUGAGCCGUCCGAGAUGAGCAACCGCACCAUGACCAUCUACUUCGACCAGGUAUUAGUUAAUAUUGGCAACCAUUUUGACCUGGCUUCCAGUAUAUUUGUAGCACCAAGAAAAGGAAUAUAUAGUUUCAGCUUCCAUGUUGUGAAAGUAUAUAACAGACAAACUAUCCAGGUAAGUCUAAUGCAAAACGGCUAUCCAGUGAUUUCAGCUUUUGCUGGAGACCAAGAUGUCACCAGAGAAGCAGCCAGCAAUGGAGUCUUGCUCCUUAUGGAAAGAGAAGACAAAGUGCAUCUCAAACUGGAGAGAGGGAAUCUCAUGGGAGGGUGGAAAUACUCAACCUUUUCCGGCUUCUUAGUCUUUCCAUUAUAAAGGGAGAUCAAGGAGAAACCUGAUUUGCAAGCUGGAACAAGGAUCAAAUCAUUUUGGAAAAACAAACACACACAAGAACCCUCCUCCCCCUGCCAGAACUUGGCUAGACAUGCCAAUAAUUCUAGACACCCAGUCAGACUGCCAUCAUAGAAGUAUGAGAAACCUUCUCAAUGCCACUAUUUGCUUUGACUCUUGACUGUUCCUUGGGAAAACCUGCAGCUCUGAUUAGUUUUAGAUGACGGUGAUCUUUAAGAGAAAUGAAAUUAUCAACCUGAGCAAUUUGUACCUGUGAUUGUAAAGUCAUUUUUGGAUUUUAUUGUUGGGAUCAUUGACUUUCCUCCCUUCAUUCUGUUUCUGUUCUUGUCCUGAAGAGACAUGUUAAUUGGGACCACACAAUUCCUUGUCCAGGGCUUACCCCAAAAGCUGGAAGAACCUGGCAUCUGAUGAAGUGUUCCUGCAAUGCUUUCUCAUUUUGUGUUUGUAUAGCCUUAAAAAACAUAGCAAGACAAAACCAAGAAUGGCGUCAAUUUCAAUCCUGUAUCUUCUGGGGGAGGGUAAUUUUUGGACAUUACUGUGUCAAGAAGUGCUUUAGCCGGUGAAGCAAAUUUUGCACGAUUGGAAACUAUUUUAUUUUGUGUUACUCGUGUUUUUCAUCAUCAUUCUUUUCAUUUUCUGACACUUUUUGUGCUAAAGAAUCAAACUAGAGUGGUCAAUAAGAUAAAGCAAAUACAUAUAUACCCUGUAACUUGCAGAGAAACUAACCAGUGAACAGUUCUGCUUGCACUAUCCAGCUGAUCCAGUAGAAGCAUUUGUCAAGACUGAGGAAGACAGUGCACAAUCUGAUCCUUGAGUUACAAUCUAGAAAGGGAUUGACAUUUCUGAAUUGGUCUGACAUUUCCAGAAGCUGUUCCAAAAAGCUGUGAAUAAUACCUUCUUUAAACAUACCAUAAAUUAAUAGCAUUUCUUUGCAUUACUGGGAGUUCUUUGGUGCUUUCCUGAUCUUUAUUUGAUGGAUUUAAUUACUAAUGCUUGAAUAUGCAGUGGUUUGGCCUCUUUGAGUGUUCCAAUCUCCCCUCCAGUUUAGGUAAAAACAGAUUUGCGGUGAACCUGCCAGGAUCAGACAUAUAUCAACAGUUGCUGUUAGUGUGUGUGGCAAAACCAGAGACAUCAAAGUCCUGAGGCUAUGAAAACUUACUAAGGUUUAUGCGAUUUAGCUAUGAAUAUACCAGAAAUUGUAUUUAUCUGUUUGUUUGUUUGUUUAUUUAUUUUGUUGAAGCUUCCCCUGUUAGCACCCAAAGACUUUUGAGUAGUCUUAAUCCAAUACUGUAUACCACAAAAGUCAUUGAUUCCAAAUGAUAAAAAAGAA